CAGAGGCACACGUCGCCGACCGUUCAUUUCUGUCGCUGGGUUAAAGAGGAGAGGGAGGAUCGGGGCGCAGGAGACACCCCCUCUUUCUCCUCCCUCUCUCUUCCCCACCUCCCAAAUUUGGCAGCCUUGUGUGGCUCCCGGUCUGGGGUCUGGAGGGUGUGGAGUGUGGGUGCGGGGGCCGGCUGGAGACGCUCUCGCUAGCGCUGCCUGUGGCCAGACCCGCCUCGCGUCCCCUCUCGGCCGCACACGUCCACCGCCACUCGCGCGCUCGCUCGCGCUCUCGCCUGGCUGGGUCCCUCCUGCUCGCCCGUCUCCUUUUCCUUUUUUUUUUUUUUUUUUUUUUUUUUUGGUACCAUAGAGUCGCUCUGAAAACAGAAGAUAGAGGGAGUCUCGGAGCUCGCCAUCUCCGCCGAUCUCUACAUUGGGAAAAAAAACAUGGAGUCAGCUCCGGCAGCCCCCGACCCCGCCGCCAGCGAGCCGGGCAGCAGCGGCUCGGAGGCGGCGGCCAGCUCCAGGGAGACCCCGCUGACCCAGGACGCGGGCCGCAAGAGCGAGGCGCCGGGCGCGGGUCGCAGGCAGAGCUACGCGAGCUCCAGCCGAGGUGACUUUCCACUCUCUGAGCACAGACAUGUCUCACCCAAGUGCAGGAACGAGAACCCACAAGCUAAAGUGUGUUUCACUGGGUGAGGUGUUUUGGUGGGCGAGAAAAGAAUGGUGAAAUGUGAGAGGGAAUCGUGUGAAAAGAGGUUCAGAUGCCCAUUUGGGACUGGGAAUUGGGGGCUGGGGAUGAAGGCAGGGACAGAGACGCUGUGUGCCAAAGACAAGGAAGUCGGCAUCGACUCUGAAAUUUUAAAUUAUCUUUAACAAGGACAACGAAAAGAGGCACGUUGACACUUUGAGAAGUUCUGACGAACUUGCCGAGAAUGCCAAUUGACAAGGCAGGUAUGGGAAUACUCAGAAAAACAGACAGCGAGAGCCGGUCUGAAGGGCAGAGAGAUCGGCUUCCUGGUGCAUUGAGGACAUUGGUGGGUGUGUUUAUUGACUCUUCCAAUUAGUUUUAGAGAAAUCUGAAGAGAUGGACAAAGACGGGGAAAAGGCAGCCAGAUGUGAUCCUGAACUUCCAGAAGCAGAGAGUCUCUAACAUCCCCUAGGAGCCAUGGCAGUCACGGACAGGAAUGAGCGAGUGGAAAUGAACAGAUCUUGAAACACCCAGUCACAGAGGGCUGAGACUGAGACUGCUUAAAUAAACUGCAUCUCUUUUCAUUUUCAAUUUCCAGUUGGGAAUUCAGAGGAUGAUGAAAAGGUCAUGAUACAGUCUGUACUCCACAGGGACCUUGCUGUGCCAAGGAUAUUCUCUCUAAAAGUGUAGGGCAUCUGGGAGGGUGAACUGCCCGUAACUCUCAAUUGCCCAAGUAAUGAAGUAUCAGGAAAAGCUAAGCCAGAUGAAAUAAUUUGAUCAUCAAAAAUGAUUCCUCUGAUGGUGCUUGGAGUGGGCUGGCUGACAUGGCAAGUAUGGGAUUGCUAAUUUUAUGUCACCUCACUCUCUUUCUCUCUCCUAGUUGGGGUGAGCACACAUGGACAGGCUGUGGGAACCUCGGCUGUGUGCGGAACCCAUGCCCUUAACCCAGAUAGUAUAACAUUUCACAGUGUUGGAGAUGACAGCCAGAGAUGGGGGACAGUUCAGUGAGAUUUCUUAAGACCCUGCAGAGCCACUUGGAGAACGGAAGCUACGCUCAAAGACUUCCUGAACAUUCUGAAGUUUGCCUUUGGACCUGGGUGGGGGGCUAUCCAUUAGGCACAGAUGCACACCCCUCAUGCCGCUGCUACCCCUAUUUUGUUAGGCAAGAUGUCAGAGUGAGAGGGUGAAGCUGAUGCACCUGUCCCUACAAGCCUGUGAUGUGUCUGAGAUUCUGUUCCCAGGCAGCAUGGGAUGCGCUACUGUUAGGAUGUGACUACAGCCUAGAUCUUCGGCUCACUCACCUCAUGCUCUUUCCACUCAUGUGCAGGUUCCCAAAAGUCCCGGGAAAAAGAAUACCAAGUCCCCACCCUCCAGGAAAAUUGCCCUGAGGAUGUUUAAAUGUAUACAACAUGGUCAUCUAGUACACAGUGCCUGAGUCUCAUGUUCUGAUUCCAUGCAAAGUCAAGUGUGGGACGGAGAGCUGAACACCUGCCACUGAGGAGCCGCUGGAGUGGGCGCAGCCAGGCUCACCGUGAGUGUUUCUGCCCAGCCAGGUCCUUCAGAGAGCUGUUUUCCAGACCAGAUCUGCAAAGAGAAUAUUGCAAGGCCAUAAAAUUAAAAAAAAAA